CCGCAAGGAUGCAUGGCGUCAACCACCCUGAAACAUAACUCCGCUUAACCCCGACCCUGACGGACGAAUCGCAGCUUCAAUGGUUGCGCUCUGUGUGUGAGCAGGGGAGGGGGUUUGAACCUUGAGUGUAACCUUGAGUGUGAGCCUUGAGAUGCUGUAUAAAAUAAGACGAAAUGCUUCCCUACUUUUCCCUCUAGCCCAGCAUCUGAUGAUCAGCCACGCGAGGGUACUCAGAACCGUUUCUCAUCUCCAACACGUCUUUGCUCGUCCACUUACUCGUACUCCACGCUACUUCACCAUGUCCACCAAGCCGCUUGAGAAGAUUGCCAUCAUCGGCGCCACCGGCCGUAUCGGCGGUGCGUUCGCCAAGGCGCUGGUGCGGACGGGCAAGCACACCGUCACGGCGCUGACGCGGCCGGGUGGCAGCAGCAAGCUGCCCGAGGGCGUCAAGCCGGUCGAAGUCAACUACGACGACGAGGCCGCGCUGGUCGAGGUGCUCAAGGGCCAGCAGUUCCUCGUCAUCACGCUCGGCGUGAGGGCGCCGGCCGACCUCCACGGCCGGCUGUGCGCCGCCGCGGCCAAGGCGGGCAUCCGGUACAUCAUGCCCAACGUGUACGGCUACCCGGAGCGGCAGAGCGACGACCCGUACAGCAAGGCGGUGCUGAGCCGCAUCGAGGAGGCCAAGAACAACGGGGCGACGACGUCGAUCGUGCUCGCGUGCGGCUUUUGGUACGAGUGGAGCCUGGGGCUGGGCGAGGGCUGGUUCGGCUUCACCAUCGAGGACCGCAAGGUGACCUUCUUCGACGACGGCAAGCGCUCCAUCACGGUGAGCACGUGGAACCAGUGCGGCAACGCGCUGGCGGCGCUGCUCAGCCUGCCCGAGGCGGGCGCGUCGCCGUCGCUGGCCGACUUCGCCAACAAGACGGUCCGGAUCAGCAGCUGGAGCGUGUCGCAGCGCGACAUGCUCGACAGCCUGCACCGCGUGCUGGGCACCACCGACGCCGACUGGCAAAUCAAGUACGAGCCGACGGCCAAGCGCAUCGAGGACGGCAAGGUGCAACUGCAGAAGGGCGACAUGCGCGGCUUCGCCAAGCAGCUGUACGGCGCCAUCUUCCUGGCCAGCAACAAGACCAGCGACUACGCGCGCACCGACGGCACGGCCAACGCCGUGCUCGGCCUGCCCCAGGAGGACCUGGACGAGGCCACCAAGCGGACGGUCGAGAUGGUCGAGGGCGGGUGGGACCCGCUGGGUAUCCGUAACCUGAAGGAUUAACUUGCCGGCGAGAUAAUUAUGUGAUGAUCAGUAGUACACAGCAGCGGCAAUUGAUGUCCUUUUCAAAACCCUGCCUGCUCGCCCGGCGCAUGCGUAUCGUUGCUGGAGGUUAUAGAGGUCCCGCCAAGCCUAAUUUCCAAAGUCCCCACAGGUACCAUGGCCCCCGCGCUUAGAAGUCACUUCUCUUGCCGCCGCUUAACAAUU